AUGUUGGAUUCGCUCGCAGCCACGCUUCAUUCUACGACCCUCAACCAACCAAGGGCACAUCUAGCUGGUCUUCCCGCCAGAGAACUGCAACAAAUACAGGCUCGACUGCCGAACCUCGUCGAUGUGAGGGAAGAUGCAAAGAUAGUUACCUAUACAAACGUAGCUGUCGAACUACUAAAAAAACCUCCACCCACAAAUGUUCAUGGAUUUGAUCAAGACGGAGAAGAUCUGGGGAUCGUGCAUCCAGCUAUCGCAUACCACUUUAUGCUUCCCCACUUGAAUCUAUUCGCGUAUUUUUGCCAUGAAGAUGAUGUUCCAGAAGAUUUACGGCCUCUUUGCAUCUGGGCUCUACAACAGAAAGUGGUUGCGUUGACUGAAUGUCCGGAUAAGCAGCUUCGGAGGAUGCUGGCUUCUCCAAAUGGAAGGGUGGACACACAAGCGAAACUUUUUAUGGAACUUCGAGUUAGAAGCAAGUUAUUUGCUCACCUCUUAUCACCGGGAAUCAACCUUCCAGACACGGCUCUUCCACAUAUCCAAGGAUGCAUUGAGUUAGAGGCAAAGUCAAAGCCGCAAGCUAAAGAUGCUUUUUUGCGUAACCCUGCUCUUUAUGUUCAGCAAGGUAUUGUACUGGCACGCACAAGGUCGCGAGACCCAGAAGUGAGGAAAUUUCUUGAAAGAGUUGUCAACGAUAUUGACAAAGUGAAUUCUCAGAAUGUGAAAAUGUUUCUCAUCCAAUCGAAGUUGUAUUUAUCUCGCGUGCUCCGGAGGAUGGGAGAGGUAGAGGAGGCUGUGGUACACGAGAAGUAUCUUAUAUCUUGGUUCAAGAAAAACCCUGAAGUAGUCCCAGACAAGAUCUUGCGUGAGUGGUUCGAAACGGAAAGCGGUCACGACCCAGUCUUUGAAGGACUUGGUGGUACAAAAUGGCUGCACAAUCGGAAAACAACAUGGAAGUCAGUGACUUGGCAAAGUCGAGCCUGUUUCAGGUGUGGUGUGAAGGAGACCCCUAUGAAGAGAAUGAUGCAGUGUGCUAAGUCUCAAAGGCAUGCCAGGUGGAAGACCACCCUCAUCACAAAAUUGGUUGCAUCGAACUCGCAGCUGAGCUCACAAGUUGACUUCUCCUGGAGAUGGGCAAUGUACCGAAGACUGGAUCAAAUACAGGAUGACUGGAUAUGA